UGUGAGUCACACAGGGAGGGGAAUCGUUGGUCGUCCACUUCUCACAACCUUUCACUUACUGCCCAUCACCUCCAAACAUCUCCCCCAAAUCUCAAGGAAAUCCCAUUCCAGCAAUUCAACUUCCAAACUUUUUCCCAGUUACUAAGUUGAUAUUUAAUUCUGCUUGGAUUUUUUAUUUUUUUAACUUUUCAAGUAUAUUUAGAGUUUUCCAACUGCACAUUUUUUAUGGUAACUUUUUAGAACGAAUACUCUUGCAUUUUGCAUUGUGGUGGAGUGUCAGCAAUUCGCAGGUUGAACAAGUUGGAGAAUUUCUGGUUGAAUUUUCAAGUUGGAUUCAAAUGAGGAGUUAACAUUUAGUGGAAAAUUUCUGAUUCGCCCGGAUGGGGGGAAUUCCUAGGAUACUGGUGUUGCUGGGAGUGCUGGGAGUUGUCAUAGCAGAGAAUGAUUUAUUCUUCUCGGAAAAUCCAAGAAAUAUCACCUCGUCCCUGGGGAAGGACGUGGUGCUCCGCUGUGUGGUUGGUGGCGUGGGGGACAUGCCCGAUGUGGAGUGGCUGCAGGAUGGCAAGACGUUGUACUACGCUGAUAUAGACCAGAUCCAGUUGCCCCUGGAAGAUGAUGCCUGGAUGGCUAUCAGUGAGUUGAGGAUCCCAAGCCUUGAACUGUCAGACUCUGGUGUGUAUCAGUGUACCGUCAAUGUGGAAGGAACUGCUAUUUGGUCCGAUGAGGCUUUUCUGGAGCUGGAAGGCCUGCCAUUUUUCACGGAGGAGCCUCAGGAUCUGCACACAUACUCUGACGUAACCUUUAACCUUAGCUGUGAUGCCAGUGGCCCCCCGGAUCCCGUACAAGUAAUAUGGCUGCAAGAUGGGGUCCCACUGAAUUCUCUGCACGAUGAACUUGCAUUAACCCCUUCUGUUCUUGAAGUCAGAAAUCUCAAUAAAUCCUGCUUGUUUUCUUGUGAAGCUCAUAAUGCAAAAGGCGUGACCACCUCCCGAACAGCGACAAUUAAAGUUUUACCGCGGAAACAAAAGGAUCUAAAAUUAUUAUCACGAAGUUCAACAGAGCUGGAGGUGACCUGGCAGCCCGGAGAAAGCGGCAUUUAUCCUCUGCUUGUCUGCACUGUGGAGGCCGUUAUCCCCCACACUGACUCUGGCACUGCACCCUAUCGAAAGAUAUACCAUCAGAACCUGAAUGUUCCUCCCCACAGCCAUGUAAUCAGCGGCCUUGCCCCCUACUCCACGUAUAAUGUGCGCGUUGCCUGUCUGAGCAGUCAGGGCAUCUCUCAUUGGACCGACUGGGUGGAGAUGAAAACCAUGGAAGGAGUUCCUUCUGGGCCUCCUGAAAAUGUAACUGCGAUCCGGAAUGGGACAGUCACUAUUGUGACAUGGGGAGAACCCAAGGUCUUAAUCAAUGGUGUACUGCGGGGUUACAAACUGGCGUAUCAAACCAAGGAUGAAGCCGAGGUGGUAGUCGAUGCUGGUCUAAAUAAUGAAAUAACGUUGGAGAUGGUCUAUCCAGUCAAUAAUCUGACUGUUAAGGUCGCAGCUUACACUAUCGCUGGUGAUGGGCCAUGGAGUGAGCCCGUGGUGGAAUCUCGGAGGACUUAUGAUGGAUCCAUAGGUCUUUUUAUUGAAGGUAAAGAAGCUGUCACAGAUUAUGCCCCCACCUUUUCUGGGCACUGGUGGUAUGUGGUCUUGGCCAUUGCUGUUGCAUUUUUGUCUGCCAUAUUAGUUGUCCUCUUUUUGGCACGUCUCAGAAAGAAGGAAACACGUUAUGGGGAAGCUUUUGAGCCAACAGUUGAACAAGGCGAACUUGUCGUCCGUUAUCGAGUGAAGAAGUCUUACAGUCGAAGGACCACAGAGGCCACAUUAAACAGACUGGGCAUCAGUGAUGACCUUAAGGAAAAGCUGCGGGAUGUUAUGGUGGAUAGACACAAGCUGGCUCUUGGCAAGACGUUGGGAGAAGGGGAAUUUGGCUCGGUCAUGGAAGGUCAAUUAAACCAGGAUGAGUACAUUCUCAAGGUGGCUGUAAAGACAAUGAAGAUUGCUAUCUGCACCCGCACUGAGAUGGAAGACUUCCUGAGCGAAGCUGUCUGCAUGAAAGAGUUUGACCAUCCUAACGUAAUGCGCCUGAUCGGGGUGUGUCUGCAGAAUACAGAGAAUGAGGGGUACCCUUCGCCAGUGGUUAUUUUGCCCUUUAUGAAACAUGGAGAUCUGCACAGCUUCCUUCUCUAUUCACGACUAGGAGAAAUCCCGUCUGCUUUUCUUCCCACUCAAACACUGGUAAAAUUCAUGGUCGAUGUUGCUAGUGGUAUGGACUAUCUCAGCAGUAAGAAUUUCAUCCACAGAGACCUGGCGGCCAGAAACUGCAUGUUGAAUGAGAAUAUGAAUGUAUGCGUGGCAGAUUUUGGUCUGUCCAAGAAAAUCUACAAUGGAGAUUACUAUCGCCAAGGUCGGAUUGCAAAAAUGCCAGUGAAAUGGAUUGCAAUAGAGAGUCUGGCUGACAGAGUCUACACUACCAAAAGUGAUGUGUGGUCAUUUGGUGUCACCAUGUGGGAGAUUGCUACACGAGGCCAGACACCAUACCCUGGUGUGGAGAACAGCGAAAUUUACGAUUAUUUGAGGCAAGGGAACCGCUUGAAGCAACCCCCAGAUUGUCUGGAUGGACUGUAUGAGCUGAUGUCCAGCUGUUGGCAACUUAAUUCUAAGGACAGGCCAUCUUUUGAGAUACUCCAUGGGGAGCUGGAAAAACUCCUCAAGAACCUUCCACCAGCCAAGGAUCCCGAGGAGAUUCUGUACGUAAACAUGGAAGAUCCUAGCAUGCCUUCAUCUAAUGAUGAUGGUGAAUUGGGAGCAGUCGGUGGUUUAGAUGCAAAGGAUCUAGGGGAUGACAUUUUUAUGAAGACCAGUUCAAUUACAGCCGAAGUACACCACUCAGAGAAUGCUAACCGCUAUGUCAUGUGUCCAGCCCGUGAAACCACACGACUUAUGGGACUCUCAGCAUCCACGGACCAUCCACUGUACUUGGAAGAAGGGACUAUUGAAGAGGUGACCCAAGGAUAUUAGACAUGAACUCAAAGCAAGUUGUGCUUAAUGAGUCAUCUUCAUGCAUUCUGAAAUCUAAGUCUGGUGUUAGUACAUAUACAUGACCUUCUAACCUUCUGAAGAAUGCGACCUUUUCAAAGCCCUAGGCAACUAUUCCCGGUACAUUUGAAGACAAUAUAAUGGCUAUUUUUACAAUGUGUCUAUCAUACUGAUGGUUCUCAUUCUUGCUUGCUUUGAAGACAUGUCUCCAAGAGCCCCCACAGUAAUAGAAUAUGUAUGAAUAAAAGCCAGCUAUCCACCUGUGAUAUGGCACGGAUAUCAGACAACGUACUUUACUGGUACUGAACUACUUCCACUUAUCCAUGGACAAUUCUCAAGUAGGUACAAGAACUGUUUGUAAUGAAACCAGCAGCAAAAUCCAUUGUGAAUUCCUUAAUCCAUUAAUUAGAAUCAGAAUCUUGCCUAGUGGCAGGGACUUGUUUCGAGCUUGCUCUGGGGCCAAUAGAUCUAAUGGUUUCCUAGAACGUAAGAUGAGGAGCAGUGCCUCGUGGUCCACAUUAUGAUGACUGGUGCUGGUCUGGAAGAUAUGAGAGCAAACUAGGUCUAACUAGAUACUAUAGGAGCAGCGUAUACAAUCCAGCAUUGAUUUAACUUUGGCUUCUAGAACAAAGAUCAUUUUGGUGCAUAUUCCAUAAUAAACUAUAUUUACAUCUUUCAGUAUGUUCCAGAGAGACAAUACACAUUUGCCCAGUAUUGUAUUUACAGCUCUCUAAAAUAUAGUUCCCUGCAGUUGGAGGGUAAAACUCUGUGUCCCAUAGCUCCUUCUGUCUGUGUCACCCUGCAGUGGGAGGGACAGACUCCGUGUCCCAUAGCUCCUUCUGUCUGUGUCACUCUGCAGUGGGAGGGACAGACUCCGUAUCCCAUAGCUCCUUCUGUCUGUGUCACCCUGCAGUGGGAGGGAUAGAAUCUGUGUCCCAUAGCUCCCUCAGUCUGUGUCACCCUGCAGUGGGAGGGACAGACUCCGUGUCCCAUAGCUCCUUCUGUCUGUGUCACCCUGCAGUGGGAGGGACAGACUCCGUGUCCCAUAGCUCCUUCUGUCUGUGUCACCCUGCAGUGGGAGGGACAGACUCCGUGUCCCAUAGCUCCUUCUGUCUGUGUCACCCUGCAGUGGGAGGGACAGACUCCGUGUCCCAUAGCUCCUUCUGUCUGUGUCACCCUGCAGUGGGAGGGACAGACUCCGUGUCCCAUAGCUCCUUCUGUCUGUGUCACCAUGCAGUGAGAGGGACAGAUUCUAAGUCCCAUAGCUCCUUCUGUCUGUGUCACCCUGCAGUGGGAGGGACAGACUCCGUGUCCCAUAGCUCCUUCUGUCUGUGUCACCCUGCAGUGGGAGGGACAGACUCCGUGUCCCAUAGCUCCUUCUGUCUGUGUCACCCUGCAGUGGGAGGGACAGACUCCGUGUCCCAUAGCUCCUUCUGUCUGUGUCACCCUGCAGUGAGAGGGACAGACUCUGUGUCCCAUAGCUCCCUCAGUUUGUGUCACCCUGCAGUGGGAGGGACAGACUCUGUGUCCCAUAGCUCCCUCAGUCUGUGUCACCCUGCAGUGGGAGGGACAGACUCCGUGUCCCAUGGCUCCUUCUGUCUGUGUCACCCUGCAGUGGGAGGGACAGACUCAGUGUCCCAUAGCUCCCUCAGUCUGUCACCCUGCCCUGGGAGGGACAGACUCCAUGUCCCAUAGCUCCCUCUGUCUGUGUCACCCUGCAGUGGGAGGGACUGCCUGUGCAGUGUAUCAGAGUUCCCAGCUGAUUGCGCUGCUAUCUCAUAUUUGGAAGUGACCAUGCUGCAAGUGCCCUGUAACCACUUGAUGUGCAUUUCCAUAUAUUUUUUUCAUGCUACUAUUUUGUUUACACUCACUGCCAUGCUGUUUUAGCGAUUUCCUGCAUGUUUUUUGUAUAAAAGUGGAGAUUCAUUAAAAAGCUGCAAAGUGCGAUGACCCUGAAGACGCCUGUUUCAUUAUACAGCAGCUCGAUCUCUCUUCAUUUCUGUUAACCAUCGAUACAAAUAACGUUAACACGGAGUCAACAUUCCAUCCGGGGCAAAGGCCGUGGAUUUGACUAUAUUUUCUCCUAUUUGCAUCACGGUACAAAAUGACAACACACUGUCUACCGACAUGAACUGGACUAUAUGCCAUAGUAAAGUGUAAUAUCGACCAUACUAUGCUGCCGGUCAAUAUACUUUU